GCUUACAUUGUCCAUUCACCACGGAAACAAUGAAUCAGUAAGGCGAACAAACGCGUUUGCUCUCACAACUGUGAAUGAUAGCUAAGAACAAUGGUGUUCUUGAAAUCCUCUGGUGAUAUUUUGCCGCAAAAUUCGUCCGGAAUUUGCAAUUAUAAGUUAUUUGGUGCUAUCUUGGAGAUAAUUGACGCGACAAAUGGAGUUGCGUUGAAUCGACGGAGAAGAAAACUACUUCUUACACUUUAGGUUAUGCUUCUUCUUUCUGGAUACUAUAAUAUCUUUGACCGUAAUACUUACAAUGUUAUGAAGAAAAUCUACUCGGCAAGUCACAAUAUUGAAUUAUUUCUUGAAAUUUUAAAUUUGAAAUCUCGUUCUUGCACUAGGUUAUCAAAUUGAGAUAUCCUAGGUGCUGUUUCUUUCUAUUUGUAUGCAUGCCAUAUAUAUAUUCAACAUUAUGUUCACAAAAUCAAGAAAACCCCAAAUUCUGAAGAAAAUCUACUCGGCAAGUCACAAUAUCGAUCCUCGUUUUUUUUAGAUGACUAGAUAGAGCCCUAUGACCCAACUGAUAACCCUUUCUGGAUAUCUGAAAAAGUACUUGGAGCUCACGUUAUUUGAUUAGUGUGACUGUAUUGUAGUUGUUAUCUAUUUCUCAUGAUCUUGAUAUUUUUUUGGGAUAAUGCACAAGUACCCCUCCACCUAUGCCUGAAAUCCCGAAAUCCCGGAGACACAUUUAUACUAUACUAAGGUCCUAUUACCUCCCUGAAUUUAUUUUAUUAAUAAUUUUCUACUCUUCUUCGGCUUACGUAGCACUAUCUCAUGGGGUCAACGCUGAUUGACUUUUUUUUCAACCUAGUGUCACGUAAGCCGAAAAACGGUAAGAAAUUACUUAUAAAAUAAGUUCAGGGGAUAAUAGGACCUUAGUAUAGUAUAAGUGUGUCUCUGGGACAUAGGUUGAGUGGUACUUGUGCAUUUUCCCUAUUUUUUUGCUUAUUAACAUUAUUAUGGCAUAACACAUGUGUUUGCUGAUCCUACUGGGCACUAGCUACUUAACAAAGGAAAAUGACGUUAUCACAUUGGAGGAUUGCACAUUCCUUUGGCUCUCCUUGCGGAAGAUGCUCAAUAACAACUUGGGCAGGUCCUAAUUGAAGAUUGCUAUUUUAUUUCUUUGAUAAUAUAUUUAAAGUUUGUAUGAUUGUCAUUCUGAUUUUGAGAUCACUGAUCACUUUAUUACAUUAGAGAGUUGCACAAUCCUUCAAUUAGUCCUUCUGAAGAUGCUUAAGAAUAAAUUGGUACGUCCAAAUCUAAGCUUGAUGUGCUUUACCUUGCUAUCGUUGUUUCUUCAAGUUCGUAUGAUUGUCAUUAUGAUUUUUUUGGACAAUCUUUAGACAUCAAGAUAUUUCACUAAACAUGUUUAUGAAGCUUGUUGCAGUAGAUUAGUUAAAGUGAUUUAGUGUACAUAUUUUGCACCAACAUUAGUUGGCAGUGAUGUUGAGGCAAAGCAACAAUAUUAGCAUAUAUAUUCUUAUACCUUUGUUUAGUUCUUGACUUCUUUCAUAAUUUUGAUUUGAAUGGUUUGAUUGCUUAUUGGCCACAAAGGAUAGAGCUAGAUCUAUCAUCCAGGACCCCACUUGUGGUAUUUCACCGGACAUGUUGUUGUUGUAAUUUUCUGGGAGUAGAAUUCUGUUUCCAUAAUUUUGAGGAAGUGCAUAUAACUUCCAUGUGAAAUUUGUAGUCUGUGAACUAUUAUCACUCAGAUUUUGGGAUUGUUGUCAGGUAAUGAUGAAGAAGAACCGUGGAUUGACCAUAUUUACAAGAAUUUUAUAUGGACUAUGAUCGAUCAACUUGGGUGUUUGGCGCCAAUUUAUUCUGCAAACAACAAAGUAAAUUUAGUCUUUUUAAUUAUAAAUAAUAAUAUUUACCACUCAUGUUAGAAAUCCUUAGCUUAACCAUGUCAUAGAUUCGUCCCAUGAUUAUAGCUGUCGUAGCACUAUUUUGUACAGUUCAAUGCUUUAUCAUACUGUCUAUAGCAGUUUGCCAUUGCUUCUUCAUUUUCAGUAUUUCCUUUUUUUAUAUGCUUUAGACUGUUUUUUCUUGAGUUGAGGGUCUAAUGGAAACAACCUCUCUACCCCCAAGGUAGGUAGGGGGUAAGGUUUGCGUACGCCCAUCUCUACCCUUCCAGAACCCACUUUGUUUACAUUGGAUAUGUUGUUGUUGUUGAAAUGUACAAUUAUAUCUGUAAGGUACUCCCGAAGUCAAACAUCUAGAGCACGACAAAUAAACAUUUAUUGUUCAGACAUUUUCGUCAAGAAAUCCAGUCAAUGGUAAAAUCAAAGGUCGUUUCUUUAUUAAUGAUGAACACAUUUUAGAACUAGUCCUAAUAAAUAUGGAAGUAGCGACAACUUCAAAAUUAAUGCCUAGUAACUCUCUUGGGGGUGGGGGCAAGAAAGAAAAGGGAGUUACAACAUGGUGCUCCUGCUAUUUAAAGGCCCUUCUCCCCUGAUAUGAUCCAAUAUAGAGAAGACAUGCAUUUCGAUAGUUCGUUAAUGGAACUCCCAGAAUCCUCAUCAGCACUACCUUCAGAAUUACAAAGACCGAUUUGUAUGCAUAGCUCUAUGCCAAGUAACAACAAAAUUCAGCAGGAUGAAGAUGAAAGGGAUCCAAAGUUUAUGCAAUUGCUAAAAGAAAAUCUCUCCUGUUUCUGGAAUCAACAAAAGGAAGAAAUUCUACGUGCAGAUCCAAAGAGAAAACCUGAGAUGCCCAUUUCAAGGAUCAGACGGGCUAUGAAGUCAAAUGAUCAAGUAAAGAUGGUUAGCGCAACUUCUACGGUUCUGUUAUCGAAGGCAAUUGAGAUGCUUAUUAUGGACCUCACCUUACGUGCGUGGAUGCAAGCUGAUAAAGGCAAAUGUCGAACUCUGAAGCGUUAUGACUUUGCUAGGGCGAUAAGGGAUGAAGAGCUUUUCGAUUUCCUCUCUGACAUCGUUCCACUCCAGACCUAUAAGGUGCAAAAGGACGCAAAUGAUGGCCAAGGAAAUGAACCUCACCCAGCUUAUCAAGUGCUUGAACCUAGUAACAUUCCACUGAAGUACCAAUUUCAGGUAGAAGAGGAUGCGAAUGGUAGCCAAGGAAAUGAGUUUCACCCGGCUGGCCAAAUGGUUCAGCAUCAGAAAAUUCUAGUGGAAGAGGCAAAUGAUGUCCAAGGAAAUAAAUUUGACUUGGCUAAUCGUAUGGUUCAGCCUCAUAACGUUCCAUGCAACUUUCAGGUGCAGGUCCAGGCAAAUGAUGGUGAAGGAUAUGAAGUUCACCCAGCUUAUCAAAUGGUUGAACCUAAUAAGACUUCACUACCAUGCCAAUUUCAGGUACUUAAGGUGGCAAAUGAUGGCCAAGGAAAUGAAUCUAACCCUGCUUAUCAAUUGGUUCAACCUAAUGACAUUGCUUACCAAUUUCAGGUGGAAGAGGACUUGAAUGGUAGCCAAGGAAAUGAAUUUCACCCGGUUUGUCAAAUGGUUCAGCCUAAUAACAUUCCAGCUUCUUUUAUCAGUCACCGAGGAAUUCCAGUGCCUCUGGUUGAUUUAUUUCCUGAAUUUGAGUUCAAUAGUCAUGAUCUUUUAAUGGAAGAGGCAAAUGAUGUGCAAGGAAAUAAAUUUCACCUUGCUAAUCAAAUGGUUCAGCUUCAGAACAUUCCAGUGCAAGGAGAAGAAAAUGAUGGCCAAGGCAAUGAAUUUGAGCCAGCUUCCAAUGUUCAGCCUGAUAACAUUCCGCUGCAGUUGCUGUACCAAUUUCAUGUGCGAGGGGAAGAAAAUGAUGCCCAAGGCAAUGAAUUUAACCAAGCUUUUAAUGUUCAGCCUAAUAACAUUCCGCUACAGCAGCUGUACCAAUUUCAGGUGCGAGGGGGAGAAAAUGAUUACCAAGGCAAUGAAUUUGAGCCACCUUCUAAUGUUCAGCCUAUUUACAUUCCGCUGCAGCAGUUGUACCAAUUUCAGGUGCGAGGGGAAGAAAAUGAUGGCCAAGGCAAUGAAUUUGACCCAGCUUCUAAUGUUUUGCCUAAUAACAAUCCGCAGCUGUAUCAAUUUCAGGUGCGAGGGGAAGAAAAUGAUGGCCAAGACAAUGAAUUUGAGCCAGCUUCUAAUGUUCAGCCUAAUAACAUUCCGCUGUACCAAUUUCAGGUGCGAGGGGAAGAAAAUGAUGGCCAAGGCAAUGAAUUUAACCAAACUUCUAAUGUUUUUAACAUUCCGCUGCAGUUGCUGUACCAAUUUCAGGUGCGAGGGGAAGAAAAUGGUGGCCAAGGCAAUGAGUUUAACCAAGCUUUUAAUGUACAGCCUGAUAACAUUCCGCUGCAGCAACUGUACCAAUUUCAGGUGCGAGGGGGAGAAAAUGAUUACCAAGGCAAUGAAUUUGAGCCACCUUCUAAUGUUCAGCCUAUUAACAUUCCGCUGCAGCAGUUGUACCAAUUUCAGGUGCGAGGGGAAGAAAAUGUUGGCCAAGGCAAUGAAUUUGACCCAGCUUCUAAUGUUCAGCCUAAUAACAUUCUGCUGCAGCAGCUGUACCAAUUUCAGGUGCGAGGGGAAGAAAAUGAUGGCCAAGGCAAUGAAUUUAACCAAGCUUCUAAUGUUUUUGACAUUCCGCUGCAGUUGCUGUACCAAUUUCAGGUGCGAGGGGAAGAAAAUGAUGGCCAAGGCAAUGAAUUUAACCAAGCUUUUAAUGUUCAGCCUGAUAACAUUCCGCUGCAGCAGCUAUACCAGUUUCAGGUGCGAGGGGGAGAAAAUGAUUACCAAGGCAAUGAAUUUGAGCCACCUUCUAAUGUUCAGCCUAUUAACAUUCCGCUGCAGCAGCUGUACCAAUUUCAGGUGCGAGGGGGAGAAAAAGAUUACCAAGGCAAUGAAUUUGAGCCACCUUCUAAUGUUCAGCCUAUUAACAUUCCGGUGCAGGCGGAGGCAAAUGAUGGCCAAGGAAAUGAAUUUCACCCAACUUAUCAAAUGGGUCAACCUAAUAACAUCCCAGCUUCUUUCAUCAUUCCAGAGCCUCUCAUGCUACCACCUCUGAUCAAUUCAUCCCCUGAACCUGAGUUUGACAUAGGUGAAUUUUUAAUGGACAUUGAGGAGGGACUUUAAAGUGGGAGUUAAACUCAGUUACUAGGUGUUUAGACCAAAAAAAAGUGUUAUGUUUUAGGACUUUCUGCUGAAAGAAUGCAGUGUCUGUGUUAAGUGGUGUAAGCAAAAUGCUUCUAGCUACAUUGACCCUGUUUUCCUUUUUCUUUUUUAAAAAUAAAUAAGCUAAUUUGGGUGAUAAUACAUUUUUAUUGUAGUAAACAAAUUAUUAUCUAAUUUCUAGAUGCUCUAUCUCAUUA